CUUUCUGUAAUGGAAGAUGAUUGAAGAUAAGGGGCCUCGUGUUGCUGACUACUUUGUUGUAGCAGGAUUAACUGAUGUUUCAAAGCCUCUUGAAGAAGAAAUUCACUUCAAUGAUGCUUGUCAUAAAGUAGCUAAACCAAAAGAACCUAUCACAGAUGUUUCAGUUAUUAUUAAAUCUCUUGGGGAGGAAGUGCCAUGGGAUUACACGUGUAUUGAUGUUACCCCAACUGGACUGUCAGCUGAUCUCAAUAAUGGAAGUCUUGUGGGGCCGCAGAUUUUCCUUUGCUAUAGAAGAGGAAGAGAUAAGCCUCCACUUACAGAUCUGGGGGUUUUAUAUGACUGGAAAGAAAGAUUGAAACAGGGGUGUGAAGUUAUCCAGAGUACUCCUUACGGACGCCCUGCAAAUAUUAGUGGCAGUACCUCAUCACAAAGAAUUUAUAUCACUUACCGAAGAGCCUCUGAAAACAUGACUCAGAAUACGUUGGCUGUUACAGACAUAUGUAUUAUUAUACCCAGUAAAGGAGAAAGUCCACCACACACAUUCUGCAAAGUUGACAAGAAUCUCAAUAACAGUAUGUGGGGAUCAGCAGUGUACUUAUGUUAUAAAAAAUCGGUGGCAAAGACUAACACUAUAUCUUACAAAGCUGGUCUAAUUUGUAGAUACCCUCAAGAAGAUUAUGAGUCAUUCUCACUCCCAGAAUCUGUUCCCCUAUUUUGUUUACCAAUGGGUGCAACUAUUGAAUGUUGGCCAUCAAAUAGCAAAUACCCUCUCCCUGUAUUUUCUACAUUUGUGUUAACUGGAGCCUCAGCUGAAAAGGUCUAUGGUGCUGCUAUUCAGUUUUAUGAACCAUACUCCGAAGAGAGUCUCACAGAAAAACAGAGAUUUCUUUUGGGUUUAGCAUCAUCAGCAGAUGAGAAGUCUGAUAGUUCCAAGACAAUUCACACUAGUAAAUGCAUCUGUCUUCUCUCUCACUGGCCUUUUUUUGAUGCAUUCAGGAAGUUUCUGACUUUUCUAUAUCGUUAUUCCAUCUCUGGGCCUCAUGUCCUUCCAAUUGAGAAGCAUAUUUCUCAUUUUAUGCAUAAAGUUCCUUUUCCAUCUCCUCAGAGACCACGGAUUUUAGUUCAGUUAUCACCACAUGAUAAUCUGAUUCUCAGUCAGCCUGUUUCUUCACCUCUUCCGCUAAGUGGUGGCAAGUUUUCAACACUACUUCAGAAUUUAGGCCCUGAAAAUGCUGUGACACUACUGGUGUUUGCAGUAACAGAACAUAAGAUUCUUAUUCAUUCCUUACGGCCUUCAGUGCUUACUAGUGUGACAGAAGCAUUAGUGUCUAUGAUUUUCCCUUUCCACUGGCCAUGCCCCUAUGUUCCUCUCUGCCCACUGGCUUUAGCAGAUGUCUUAAGUGCACCAUGUCCGUUCAUAGUAGGAAUUGAUUCAAGAUACUUUGAUCUCUAUGACCCUCCACCAGAUGUCAGUUGUGUUGACCUAGAUACCAACACAAUUUCUCAAACUGGUGAUAAGAAAAAUGUAGCCUGGAAGGUACUUCCAAAGAAACCAUGUAAAAAUCUGAUGAACACACUGAAUAAUUUGCACCAGCAGUUGGCAAAAUUGCAGCAGAGACCAAGAGACGAUGGACUAAUGGACUUAGCAAUGAAUGAUUAUGAUUUUAAUUCUGGAAAGAGGUUGCACAUGAUAGAUUUGGAAAUCCAGGAGGCAUUUUUGUGUUUCAUGGCCUCUAUUUUAAAAGGUUAUAGAUCAUACUUAAGACCAAUAACACAAGCCCCAUCUGAGACAGCCACAGAUGCAGCCUCUCUUUUUGCCCUACAAGCUUUCUUAAGAAGCCGCGACCGGUCACAUCAGAAAUUCUAUAACAUGAUGACCAAAACACAAAUGUUUAUUCGCUUCAUUGAGGAAUGUUCUUUUGUCAGUGAUAAAGAUGCAAGCCUGGCGUUUUUUGAUGAUUGUGUAGAUAAAGUGGAUAUGGACAAGAGUGGUGAAGUGCGACUUAUAGAACUGGAUGAAUCUUUCAAAAGUGAACAUACUGUUUUUGUAACACCACCUGAGAUUCCCCAUCUACCCAAUGGUGAAGAACCCCCUUUACAGUACAGCUAUAAUGGAUUUCCAGUUCUUAGGAACAAUUUAUUUGAGAGACCUGAAGGAUUUCUACAAACCCGAAAGAGCAAAUUGCCUUCAAAAUCAAGUAGUCCUAGUAGCCCUUCUCCCAUGUUCAGAAGAACAAAACAGGAAAUUAAAUCAGCCCAUAAAAUUGCCAAGAGGUACUCUUCCAUUCCUCAGAUGUGGUCUAGGUGUCUACUGCGUCACUGUUACGGGCUGUGGUUUAUUUGUCUCCCAGCUUAUGUGAAAGUAUGUCAUUCAAAAGUCAGGGCUCUGAAAACAGCCUAUGAUGUGCUUAAAAAAAUGCAGUCAAAGAAGAUGGAUCCACCUGAUGAGGUGUGCUACCGCAUUCUUAUGCAGCUCUGUGGACAGUAUGAUCAGCCAGUGCUUGCAGUUCGAGUGCUGUUUGAAAUGCAGAAAGCUGGUAUUGACCCCAAUGCCAUAACUUAUGGUUAUUAUAAUAAGGCUGUUUUGGAAAGUACCUGGCCUUCAAGGAGUCGUAGUGGCUAUUUUCUUUGGACAAAAGUGAGGAACGUUGUUUUAGGAGUAGCUCAGUUCAAAAGAGCUUUAAAGAAACACGCACAUUUAUCACAAACAACUCUCUCAGCAGAUGGCAGUGACCUGGAUGCUGUUAGUCAUGGCAGCAUGGAUAGUGGUCAUGGGACACACACUGUGGAGCAGGCACCUUUUAAUACGGGUUUAAUCAAAGUGUAUGCUUCUGAUGAUAGAUCUAGUACAGGUGGCCAGUCUGACCUUGGAUAUAAUUCACUAUCUAAGGAUGAAGUUAGAAGAGGGGAUACAUCUACUGAGGACAUUCAAGAAGAAGAAGAUAAGAAAGGGAGUGAUUCUAGUUCCUUGUCAGAGAGCGAGAGUGCAAAGGGAAGUGCUGAUUGUCUUCCUAAGCUCAAUUAUCAAAGUUCUUCCAGUAUAGUUCGCCUCAGUGCUGCAAAUAACAGUGCUGAUAAAACAUCAGGAGAAAGCACAGAAAGUUCGUCUGAGCCGCUCUUAAUAUCAUCUUUUGAGGAUACAAAUGAAACAGGAAACAUUCACAGUAGAUGCUUCAGGAAAAGACAUAAAAGUGACAAUGAGCCUAAUUUGCAGCAGCAAAUGUCCUGGGGAAAUAGAAACCGAAAUCUUAGUGGAGGAGUACUAAUGGGACUUAUGCUCAAUAGAAUUAACCAGGAAGCAAACCCUGGAGAUAUGGUUGAAAAAUUAGGAGCUGAUGCAAAAAUUCUUUCAAAUGUAAUCUCAAAAAGCACAAGACCAAAUAGUCUUGAUAUUGGAAAGCCAUCUUUAAGAUCAAAUAGAGACAGUAUAGAGAAGGAAUCUAGUGAUGAUGAUACACCUUUUGAUGGUUCUAAUUGUUUGGCAGAUAAAGUGGAUUCUCCUGUUAUUUUUGACUUAGAAGACUUAGACAAUGAAACAGAUGGAUCAAAAGUGGGGUACAUUGCUCCACAAAAUCCUAAGAGGAGUCAACGCUUGAAUAGCAGCUUUUCAGUAAAACCUUUCGAAAAAACUGAUGUUGCAACAGGAUUUGAUCCCCUCUCUCUUUUGGUUGCUGAGACUGAACAGCAGCAAAAAGAAGAGGAGGAAGAGGAGGAAGAUGAUAGCAAAAGCGUUUCGACACCAUCUGCUAGGCGGGAUUUAGCUGAAGAAAUUGUGAUGUAUAUGAAUAACAUGAGCAGUCCUUUGACAAGUCGAACACCAAGCAUUGAUUUACAACGGGCCUGUGAUGAUAAAGUAACUGCUAAGAAAAGUCCAACGUUGGUCAAGGCAUGCAGAAGAUCUAGCCUGCCUCCUAAUUCUCCUGGGCCAGUGAGACUUACCAAAUCUAAAAGUUACUCAAAAAGCGAAGACAGACCAAGGGAUAGACUCUGGUCUUCUCCAGCCUUCUCACCUACUUGCCCAUUUAGAGAAGAAUCUCAAGAUGCAUUAACCCAUUCAUCACCUUCAUUUAAUUUAGAUACACUACUAGUACCUAAACUAGAUGUUCUAAGAAACAGUAUGUUCACUGCUGGAAAAGGAGUUGCAGAGAAAGCAAGCAAAUGGUAUUCAAGAUUCACCAUGUACACCACAUCAUCCAAGGAUCAAAGUUCUGAUCGUACCAGUCUUUCUUCAGUGGGAGCCCAGGAUUCUGAAUCUACCUCUUUAACAGAUGAAGAUGUCUGCCACGAGUUGGAAGGAGCCACUUCUUGCCAGGAAAGCAGUGCCACUGCAGGGACUAAGGGAAUUGAUUUCAGCAGAACAAGCCUGGAAGGUUCUUCCUCCUUAGAAGGAUCCUUGUCCAAGUUUGCCUUACCUGGGAAAUCAGAAGUGGCAUCUUCCUGCAACAUGAGUAAUACAAAUAUCUUCCAGAACUAUGCAAUGGAGGUUCUUAUCUCGAGCUGCUCUCGUUGUAGAACCUGUGAUUGUCUUGUCCAUGAUGAGGAAAUCAUGGCUGGCUGGACAGCAGAUGAUUCAAAUCUCAAUACAACCUGCCCAUUUUGUGGCAAUCUUUUCUUGCCCUUUCUGAACAUCGAAAUAAGAGAUUUAAGACGACCUGGAAGAUACUUUUUGAAGUCAAGCCCGUCUACAGAAAAUAUGCAUUUUCCAUCCUCCUUUUCAAGGCAGACAAGGCAGUCUUGUAUCUCAACAUCAGCCUCUGGUCUUGACACAUCUGUUCUCUCUGUUCAAGGGAAUUUUGAUCUAAAUAGCAAAUCAAAGUUGCUCGAAAAUACAUGUGCCCGAAGUAUUCAGAUCCCUGCUGAUAGAUCAAAAGCAGCUUUGUCAAAAUGUCCAGUAUUUCCAAUGGCCAGGAGUGUUAGUACUUAUGGCACCUUGGAUAAGGAAGACAAUGGAGGACAGAAGCUCAUUCCUACAGGCAGCCUGCCAACUACUUUACAAGGAGCUACAGAUUCUUUAGGAUUAGAAUGGCACCUCCCAAGUCCAGAUCCUAUCACUGUUCCAUAUCUUAGUCCUUUAGUGGUAUGGAAGGAACUUGAAAGCUUAUUGGAAAAUGAAGGUGAUCAUGCAAUAACAGUGGCAGACUUUGUGGACCAUCAUCCAAUUGUUUUUUGGAACCUGGUGUGGUAUUUUAGACGUCUUGACUUACCCAGUAAUUUACCUGGAUUGAUUCUUUCUUCUGAGCAUUGUAACAAGUAUUCAAAGAUUCCUCGCCACUGUAUGUCUGAAGACAGUAAAUAUGUUUUAAUACAAAUGUUGUGGGACAAUAUGAAAUUACAUCAGGAUCCAGGACAGCCGUUGUACAUCCUCUGGAAUGCCCACACCCAGAAGUAUCCAAUGGUCCAUUUAUUGCAAAAAGGUGAUAAUUCAUUUAACCAGGAACUAUUGAAAAAUAUGGUAAAAAGCAUUAAAAUGAAUGAUGUCUAUGGACCAAUGAGUCAGAUUUUAGAGACACUGAAUAAAUGUCCUCAUUUUAAAAGACAGAGGAGUUUAUAUAGAGAAAUACUGUUUCUCUCACUUGUGGCACUGGGAAGAGAAAACAUUGAUAUAGAUGCAUUUGAUAAAGAGUACAAGGUGGCAUAUGAUCGUCUCACACCUAGUCAAGUCAAGAGUACUCACAACUGUGAUAGACCACCAAGUACAGGAGUGAUGGAAUGUCGAAAAACCUUUGGAGAACCUUAUCUUUAAGAUAUGUGUGUGUAUUUUUUCAAUAUGUAUUGUGUAGUCAGUGUAUAAAAUAACACUUUUAGACUCUAACCUUUUUUCUUCAAUUUUUGAAAAUGCAUUUGUAAAUGGUUCAGGAAGUUCAGAUAGUUUAUGUACAGAGUGUCUUAAGAAAAUACUAACAAGUGGGAGAGAGCUACUUUGUUUCCCAUUUCUUUUUCUUCUCCCGUACAAGUAAUUAAGUAUUUUUGUGAUGAAAAAAUCCAUAAACAAAAUUGGUUCCCAUAGAAUAAGACAACUGUUUUAUGGAUUUUUUUGGAAGAGACAGAUUGAAAAAUCAUGUAUGGAACUUAAACAAAUGUAAGAACAAAGUAUCUCCUGUUUUCAUAGACUACUCAAAUGUUUUGACCGUGAAGUUGUAUUAUACAUAUUUUAACUUGUUUAUAAUAAGUUGAUAUUUUUUUAAUUUUUAAACUUAAUAUAGCAAACAAAAUGAACUUAAUCUUAUGAAGCAAGGUAAUUAAGUGCUUAUUUUCCUUGUCUGCUGCUAUUUGAAUUAAUUAGUACAGCUGCAGAUCUCUAUAUGUAUAUCUAUACUUUUUUUACUACUUGGAAGAAUGAUUCAGAAAUGUCAGCGCUAGUGUCAGUGUUGUCCUAGGAUCGCAUAUUAGUACUCCUGAGCCUGGCUGCAGUGGGUGAGUCAUGGCAAGGGUGUGCAUUGCCCAGACUGACUCACUGAGCCUUGUGGAAGGAGAGCCAGAGAGGUUCCAAAUCUGCUUCUGUAAAAUCAGGUUCAAUAUACCAUGAUUCCAAAAUUUUCUCUAUUGCUAAUAGAUACAUACAAUACACAGGGAAAAUAGCUUAUAGAGCCAAAUGUCAAUUUAAAUUCUAAUAUUCUACAUGAACACUUAUGUUAGGAAAUAUGUCAGACAGUUUAUCCCAAAUUCUACCUUUAUUUUAAUAUCUAAAAUAUUGGGUAUGAUGCAAAUUGUAGUAUGUUUAUCUGGAAUAUGACCUAUUGGAGUAUUCUGUUAAUAUUAUAUAUAUAUAUAUUAUAUAUAAAUAUUCAAAAUAUUUUUUCAAAAGUAGAAAAAUAAUAACUCUCUAAAAGUACAGCCAGAUAGAAUUUCCCAUAUUGAGGAACCUGGCUUUUUCAAUAAGCCUUCAGAAUCUGGUUUAUGGAAUCUAAAAUCCAGCAAUAUCCAGAAAUAGACAGUAAAUUGAAUGUUUAAGUACCAUGGGUAUUAAAUAGAAUCUUAAAAAAUAUUUGUAGUCGCAUUAUUUCUAAUAUCACUUUCUUUGGGUAAUUCUGAUAAAAAAGUAUCCUUUGGCUGUUAGAAUUAUUUAUAGAUUUUCAGUGUGUUCAUGUGGUGUGUGUUUGAACACAUUGUCAUAAUGAAGGAAUUCUCUAGCCAAUUUCAAAGAAGGAAAAAAUGAAAGGUCCUAAAUUAGAUGUGUAGAAGCCGGCAGAGUUCAGGACACUUUGGACUGGAGAUACCUUAAAGUCCUGAGACUAAGAACCAGUUCGCUGUAGAAAAAACACUUUUGAGUUCAUCCCACUAGUGAAUAGCACCAAGCUAAAACAUUUCACAGCUUUCUACUCUGGGAAAUAAUGGGGAAAGUUUAAAAAUGUAAAAUUUUAGUUCAGUUAGUUUGGCGCUGAACUUGCUUACUUGAAAAGUCUGGUGCUGUGCACAUGUAUCUGCCUCUCUUUUGUAAAUACCACUCUUGUCUUAUCCUUCCUUCCUAUUCAGGUCCACGCUUCACAUUUUAAUUCAGUCCUACGUUCUCUAAGUCACAGUCAUUUCAAAGUUGUCAAAGGAGAGAAACAUUUGAUAGAUGAGGCUUUUGGCAUUAGUGACAAACAUCCCUCCAAACAGAAUUCUGGGGUUCUAUUCUGGUUUUUUGUUAUUGUUUGUAUAAGAAUAGCUUUCACUAUUGAUUAUCUUUUCUUUAACAUAAGCAAUAUAUAUGAAUAACAGUUUAUUGAUUUCAAAUAUCUGACCAAAAAAAGUAAGGUAAAGCCCAUUCUUUAUGGUUCAGACUCAUUUGGAAAAGUGAAUGUAAUUUUUAUCUCCUUCCCCUGACACCAAGUUUUGUUUCUGCUUUUGACUGGGUUUUAUUUCUCCUAUUUUCAAUCCCCAGGGAAUAUUAUUUGCACAAAUUUACUCUUUAAAAAUAAAACCUAAAACAUGAAUAGAGAGUGGUAAACCUUGAUCAAAAGAAAAUUAAACUGUAGAUCAUCCUUUGAAAUAACUCCAUACAAACUUUUCUUCAAUUUUAUCUCUGUUGACCAUACGUUUUAGAGAAUCAUGGCCAAUCAUGUUAGAGAGAAAUACCCUUUUGCUACAUUAUCUGUCUUUUAUUUUCUUACUCUUAGUUUUGUUUAUCUGUUUACUAGUUGAAAAUAAAUCAUGCCAUGUCCUGGUACAACUUGUUUA